AUGCCGUCGCCGAACAUCCUCCCGCCCAACCCGUCGCUGGUCGCCAUCCUGCUCGUCAUCAAGUCGCUGUCGGGCCCGCGCCUGGUCUUCCACUACCCGCCGCACCCGGUGGGGCCCGCCAACGCCACGCCCCAGCACCCGCAGUGGUACGGCACCUCGGGCUCGACGCUGACCGACGACGACGACGACGACUCGACCUCGGGCUCGUCCAGCAGCAGCUGGAGCUCCGACGACGGCAACAACAGCGACGCCGCCGCGUCCGACGAGGCCGCGUCCGAGGCCGAAGGCGCGGCGUCCGAGGCCGAGGGCGCGAGCAGGGCGGGCAGCAGGGGCACGAGCAAAGGCACGAGCAGGGGGACCGGCUUGAGGGAUGGGAGGAGCAGAGGGCAGAGGAGCUUGAGGUCGGCGAGCGAGGAUGUUACCGAGGACGACGGCGACGAUGACGAUAGAGGGUUGGGGGAUGAGGAGGGGAGGGGAGGUGCGGGCGGACCGGGAACGUCUGCGAAGAAGGGUGGGAUAAGCGCGCAUGACGAUGGAGGGCCCGAAUGGGAGAACGUGAUGGGGUUCAAGACCGAGGGGUUGGAGAAGCUGUUGUGUCCGGGCAAGACGUUCAACAAGAGGAAGUUCGAGGUGGGAAUGGAGGGCUUGAGCUUCUUGGGCAAUCCCAUGUUUGCGAAAGGAAACGGCGCGUGGAGGAAGAGGAGGAGAAGCGAGAAGAAGCGCGAUGCUGCCAACCAGGAGGACUUGUGGAACAACAGGAUCGCCCAUGAAUCGGAUGGCCACGAAAGUGCGCUGGCCGACGACGAAGAUGAAGGUGUCGACGUGAACGGCCCUGAAGACGGUAUGCCCACCAUUGACCUCCCCUCGGGCUUCGAGCCGGGAUAUGGACAUAGGAUGUCUGACGAAGGUUCCGAUGCCGGCUCAGAUGCGAAAAGUGCUUCAACUGCUGGUGGAGACGCUGAGAUGACAAUGUUCAAUGUUGUUUUUGUGCUUAACCCUCCAGCAUUGGAGUACCAGCUCCGAACUGGCGAGAUGUACGAUAAUGUCAUCCGCAAAUUUGCGAAGGACCUUAAGUAUGAGCAGGCUAAGACCAAUUAUGUAUGGAGAGAAUCCAAAAUCAUUCUCAACCUAAAAAAUAAGGCAAAGGAGAACAGAGAACCCAUGUCCAUGCUUUGGCACAGCAUCAUCUCAGCAUCGCCCUUAGCAAAGGCCAUCGCCAUCAUUUACGACGCUAUUUCCAAUAAUAAGAUUGCACACAUCAAUCUCGCUACUCUGGCUGACGCAUCCUAUCAAAUACCCCAGGCUCCCUCCACUCCUUAUAUACCUCGGCCCACGGAACCACAGAUGCCCGGACUGUGGCUGACCACUGCGAAUCUCCCGGACGAGAACGCCGAAGCAGACUCCGGUUUCACCGUUGCCCUUACCCCGCAUUCUGCUCUCCUGCUGCUAGAAGACAAGGAGACCCUUCUCAAGGAGAUUGAAGGCGAUGCCAAAGAACACUCGGCACAACUAGCUUUUUACAUCAGCAACUUGGAACCCACAAGGUCACUCCAUAAACUCGCUCUCCAGAACAAGAUCCCCGUGGCGGAUCUAGAGUUCAUCGCGGCACAUCUCAUCUACUGGCGCCGAGCGCGAGCCAUCCUACCACUUCACCACCGAGACAUUUACAUUGUCUCGCCCAAUGCUGACAUGCGGAAACUACCUCAGGCCAUCCCAGCAUAUGCAGCCCGUUUUCCCACGCUUCCCUCGCUUCCCAAGAUGCUCAGCUUUCUCUCGAACCAGUCGCCGCGGACUUACGGCACCAUAAUCCCCAGUAAAGACCACCGCACUGCGUAUAUGGAUAUUCUGGCCUGGCUGAUGCGUGGCGGUUGGGUGACCCAACUCCGCACCUUCGCCUGGAUACGUGUCUCUCCCGAGGUCCAGGCCGAAGUUGCUGCCAUCAUGGAGCGCGAAGCCAAAGAAGCAGCGCGAGCCGCCAUGCAAGCAGCACGGGAUAGGCACGCCGCGCUCGAGCUGCACUCGGACGACGGCUCGGACCGCGCCACCAUCGCCAGCGACGACGUGCCUAUGACGCCCAUCUACACCCACCGCCGCGAAGAGUGGUCUCCGCGCUCGAGCGAAACCGCCUCAGACGGCGGCCGCGGCAGCUCGCGGACCCAGCUACGCACAACCAGCAAUCCGCGAGGCGACGGCGGCACCGCCAGCCUGACGACCAGCCCGACGGCACACCGCCACUCGCCGCUGCACCACACCUCGUCGUCCGGGCUGCACGUCUCGCACUCGGCCACGUCGCUGACGGGCCUCAGCACCGUCUCGUCCAACGCCUCGUCCGGCAUACCGCACGGCACGCCCAACACGCCCCAGCGCACCGCAAACUCGCUGCGCCACCACCUCCACCACCACCUCAACACCACCAGCCACAGCAACGCCAACAGCGGCGGCGGCGGCAGCGGCAGCGGCGGCAUCGGCCCCGACGACGCCAACUCGUCCCACCUCCACCACCACCACCCCGGCCGCGGCGGCUCGCACAUGAACAGCCUCCUCCACCACCACGGCGGCCACACCCACGCCGCGUCCAAAGACCCCGACGACUACGCGCCGCGCAUGAUAUACAGCCCGCAGCGCGCCAACGCCCUCGAGGCGCGCUGGAUCGAGCACAUCCGCAGCAGCUUCGUCGGCGACGAAGGCGUCGAAAAGGAGGCCCGCGACCUGUGGCCGCAGCUGCUCAAGUACUUUGACGGCAGGCACGCGCUGGACGACAUUGCUGGGAGGGAGGGCAUCAAGAGGAAGAGGGUGUGGAGCGUGCUGGGAGGACUGAGGGAGAGGAAUGUGUUGUAUUUUGUGCGGCAUUGGUAG